CAAUUGAAUUGGAGUCUACUCAAGAAACAUGAUUUCUCUAAGUGAUUCUUCAUCUCUUUCAGCACCACUUCUGAUACUAAUUUCACUGCCCAUCUUAUGGUGCCUGUUCAUCCUAUUUACCAAGUCCGGCAACAAAACAGCCCCCACGCCGCCAGGACCAUGGGGCUUGCCAAUUGUGGGCUUCUUGCCUUUCCUUCGCCCUGAUAUGCAUAUUCAGUUCAAUGAACUAGCCCGCCAAUACGGUCCAAUCUACAGGCUGAGGCUGGGGACCAAACUCUGCACCGUGAUCAGCUCGCCGUCCCUCAUAAAAGAAAUCGUCCGCGAUCAUGACACCAUUUUCGCCAACCGUGACGGGACUGUUGCUGGACGCAUUGGCAGCUACAACGGAAAUGACAUAGCCUUCUGUCCUUACGACUCUAGCUGGCGCAUGAGAAGAAAACUCUUUGUACACGAUAUGCUAAGCAAUAGGAGCCUUGAUGCUACUUUUAAUCUUCGGAAAGAUGAGGUCAGGAAAGCCAUUAGAAACAUCUAUACCAAGAUCAAUACCCCUGUUAAAAUCUUGGAACUAGCUUCUGGUAUUAGUCUGAAUGCUAUGAUGAACAUGGUCUGGGGAAGCACCAUUGAAGGGGAGAGGAAGGACAAGAUUGGGGCAGCAGUCACGCCGCUGGUGGUAAGAUCUGUUGAUUUGUUGGGAGUGCUAAACGUGUCCGAUUAUGUUCCGGCUCUUGCCAGGUUUGAUAUUCAAGGAGUGGAGAAAGAAAUGAGCAACUUAACACAAAGGUUCGGCGAGAUUGUCGAAGAUAUCAUUAACGAGCGCACGAAGAUUUCUUCGGGCAAGGUCGGAGGAGGAGGCAACAAGAACGGUGGGAGAGUGGAUUUGCUGCAAAUGCUUAUGGAGUUCAGCGAGAAACAAGAUGUUAAGACGGAAUUUGGCAAGACACAGAUCAAAGCCAUGGUUACAAAUAUCAUACUAGGCGGGAUAGACACUUUAGCAGCCACGAUCGAGUGGGCAAUGGAUGAGUUUAUGCGCAAUCCGAAAGUGAUGGAAAAGGCAUACAACGAACUAAAUGAAGUCGUAGGACUGAACAAUUUAGUGGAAGAGUUCCACAUCUCAAAAUUAGUCUAUUUGGAGGCUGUCAUAAAAGAGACGCUACGCAAACACCCAGUAGGAUCCUUAUUACCAAGAAUUUCCAGCCAAUCCUGCAUUGUGGGAGGAUACUCUAUUCCUAAGGAUUCAACAGUCAUUCUAAACAUCUGGUCUACUCAAAGGGACCCUCUUGCUUGGGAUAACCCGUUAGAAUUCAUGCCAGAGAGGUUUUUAGACAACUCUGCAAAAUGGAAUUUUAGUGGGAAUAAUUUUAAUUAUAUUCCGUUCGGAUCGGGAAGAAGAAUUUGUGCUGGAAUACCACUAGCAGAGAGAAUGUUGAGGUAUGUGUUGGCUUCACUUCUGCAUUCAUUUGAUUGGCAGCUGCCAAAGGGUGAAAUAAUGGACAGACAAGAAAUAUUUGGGAUGGUGACAAAGAGAAAGACUCCGUUGGUUGCUAUCCCUAGUCCUAGGUUGUUUGAUAAGAAUCUGUAUGUGUAAUUUCAUAUUCUAAUUAUGUUGGUCUGGUAAUUAGCGUAUGCAUAAUCUUUAUUACACAGCACAAUGUUGAACAUGUUAUAAAUAAAUAUGACGCUUCUUUGGUUCCA